AUGGCGGGAGAGGCUCCCGGAAGCGGGGAGGGGGUCUCUCCGCUGAAGCAGUGCCUGAUCCGACGGAAGAGCCAGCAAGAGCACCACGGGGUGGCGGCCUCCUGCCUGCGGGAGCUGCGGAGCAAGGCCUGUGACAUUCUGGCCAUUGACAAGGCCUGGGAGCCCAUCACCUUAGUUCUGGCAGAGGAUGGCACCAUUGUGGAUGAUGAAGAUUACUUCCUGUGUUUACCGCCCAACACCAAGUUUGUGGCACUGGCCAGGAAUGAAAAGUGGACCAGCAGCUGCAGAGAUGGGGGCACAGCCUGGCUCUCAAGGGAGUCCAUAGAUGAAGUGGACAGUGGUGAAGAGAAGUGGAAGCAUCUGGCAAGACAGCUGAAGGAUGACCUGUCCAGCAUCAUUUUGAUGUCUGAGGAAGACCUCCAGGUUCUCAUUGAUGUACCAUGUUCAGACUUGGCCCAUGAGCUUUCCCAAAAUCAGCCAAAAACCCAGAUGUUACAGGACACCCUGCAGCAGGCGCUGGACAGACGAGAGGAAGAACGCCAAUCCAAACAGCUCCUGGAACUCUACAUGAAGGCCUUGAAGAAUGAAGGCAGCAUUUUAAUCAAGGCAUCAGAACCUGACGCUGCACCCAGGGAGGAGAUGAAUGUAGUCGACACUGAUAGCAGCAGUGCAGGUGCCUCCACAAAAAGAUCACUCAGUAGCAAGAUCCUUGCUGCACUGAAAGAGAAACCUGCCCCAGAACUCAGCUUAGACAGUCAGGAUCUAGAGCUGGUUUUCAAGGAAGACACAGAAGCCUUGGCUCUGGCACUGAGCUGGGAUAAGCAGAAGACUGAAGCUCUCCAGCAGGCCUGUGAUCAGGAGCUCUCCAGGCGCCUACAGCAAGUGCAGGCUCUACACUCCCUGAGGAGUAUAUCAAAGGGCAAGAGAAAGCUGCCCUGGGGAGACUGGUUGAGUUCAAAACGCAAGAAGUAAGAGACUUUGCAGCACUACUGCUGGCACUGCUUUAAAUGUCAAGGAAACAUGGGUCUCUUGUGUAUUAGAGCCAACACAAGCAAACGGUGUGUUAAAUUCCCCAAGUAACAGUUUGCUGGUCAUACUAUGCUCUGCCUCUAGAGAACUAAAAACUGGGCUUGUCUCUGCCUCUGUGUUGUUAACAGACAGGUUUAAUCCUUCUAGUGAGAGUCUAGGAUCUCAUGUAACCAAAGGCUUUAUUUUUUUUCCAGAGUAGUGGUUCUUGUCAAAUAACUUCUGUAAACACAACCAGUGUCCUGCUAAAUGCUGCAUUAGAGAGAUAUUUUGAAUGCAGGACUGGGAGCCAGGUGCUCUUCAGUUCUAAUCCUGACUAACCC